AUGCCUCCCAUUAUUGUCGGUGUGGCCGAUAUCCGAAAUCGUUCAGUUACAGUCGAAGAUGCUAAAGAGCCCGCCACUUUGAUGCUAGAGGCCAUCCAAGGGGCCAUCAACGAUGCAAGCAGCUCUGCCGAAACUGCGCAAAUCCUUCAAAACAACAUUGACAGUAUCAGUGUGGUUCGUACAUGGACUUGGCCUUAUCGUGACUUGCCAGGCCUGUUGUCACAUCACCUGGGUAUUAUACCGCAACACCAGUCGUACAGUGAUCAUGGAGGUAACCAGCCAGCGAAGCUACUUGACGAAGCAGCCAUGCGGAUUGCGAAGGGAGAAACAAAGGUUGCGGUCCUUACGGGCGGCGAAGCGUUGGCCUCUUUGGCCGCAUGUGUUAAGAAUGGCAAGAUGCCGCCUCCAGGCUGGUCAGCCCCGGCAGAAAAUGUGACUGAUGUAUUCUCUCCUACCACAAGAGGGCUCAGAAAAGAUAUUGGAGGACUUCACGCCGUGGGGUCACCAAUUCACGUCUAUCCGCUCUACGAAAAUGGGUUCCGAGCUCACCGCAAGCAGACAAUUCAAGCCAACCACCGGGAGUCAGCAGCUUUGUAUGCCUACUUCAGUCAAAUCGCAUCGCAAAAUCGGUAUUCCUGGAAUUAUGGCAUGGAAGCCCAAACCACCGAUUCUAUUGGAACUCUGUCCAAAAAGAACCGGAUGAUUUGCUUUCCAUAUCCGCUCUUGAUGAAUGCCUUCAAUACUGUCAACUUGGCAUCAGCUUGCAUCUUGACCUCAACGGAAUAUGCCACCCAGCUUGGGAUCCCCAGAGGCAGGUGGAUAUAUCCUCUUGGUGGCGCUGGGUUUAACGAACGUGAUAAUUUUUGGGACCGUCCAAACUUCUUCGAGAGUUCCGCAAUCUCGAAAUCGCUCGAUCAUUGUCUUGAAUUGAGCCACCUAACUCCUGACGAUAUAGAUCUUUACGAUCUCUAUUCGUGCUUUCCUAUUGUACCCAAACUUGCAUGCCAUCACCUAGGUCUUUCUAUCACAAAGCCUCAAAAGCCGCUUACUUUAUUAGGGGGCCUGACGUCUUUUGGAGGUGCUGGGAAUAACUACUCUAUGCAUUACAAGGCGAUUACCGAAAUGACCCGUCAGUUACGUGGCAGCCGCAGCCGCAACGGGCUUAUUCUUGCAAACGGUGGUGUUUUAUCGUAUCAGCAUUCAGUCUGUCUUUCUUCCCAGGCCCCCAAGGAAGAGAGACCUUAUCCAGAUAACAAAUUUUCGAGUCUGGUGGAUUCAGAUCUUGUGCCCUCAGUCGACUUUGAGGCAGAAGGAGAAGCAAUAAUCGAGGUCAGUGGGCCCAAUAUUAUCACGACGUACACAAUUGAAUUCACCCGGGAUGGCAGCCCAUUGAGGGCUUACAUCGUUGGUCGACUUGCUGGCACUAACCACCGAUUUUUGGCGAAUGAGAGCGACCAGGCUACUCUGUUACGUUUGUCUUCAAUGAAUGAAGAGCCAAUUGGGAAGACUGGCUUCGUUAUCCCUGAUCCUGAGGGGGAUAGGGGCCAGAGGAGAAAUCUGUUCUCAUUGGAGCUCGUCCAUUCCUGCGAGCAUCGCGGUCUCUUCCGUCAUUCCAGUCGUGUUUCCACACGCGCGCGACCGAGUAUCUUCAGACUCAUGACCCUGACCUAUCGGAGUCUCAGCGAACGGAUCUGCUCGGAUUUUCCUGACGAGUACUGGGCGCGUGUGGAUGAGUUGAAACAAUUCCCGACCGAGCUCUAUGAGGCAUUGGCACGACAGGGCUGGCUGGGCAUUUGCUUGCCGCAGCGAUAUGGAGGCUCUGAGCUCGGCAUCUCCGAAGCAGCGGUGAUGAUGCAAACUAUUGCAGAGUCCGGGGGAGGCAUGACGGGUGCCUCGUCCAUACACAUGAAUAUCUUUGGCCUCGAGCCCGUCGCCAAGUUUGGCACCGGCGAGCAGAAAGAACGCUGGCUUGUUCCACUCAUCGCGGGUCGUCAACGGGCAUGUUUUGGCGUCACAGAACCCAACACUGGCUUGGAUACGCUGCAAUUACAGGCCACGGCACGUCGAUCGGGGGACCAUUAUCUGCUUUCGGGACAGAAAGUCUGGAUAUCUACUGCUCAAAAGGCAGACAAGAUCCUCAUUCUCGUGCGUACGGCCCCACGCGACCGAGAGAAGCCAUCCCAGGGACUCUCGCUCUUCUACACAGGUCUACAAGUGCCCGAAGUCCAGAUCACCGAGAUCCCCAAGAUGGGUCGGGCUGCUGUUGACACUAAUUCACUGUUCUUUGACAACUGGCGUGUCCCAAUGAGAGAUCGUGUCGGCCAGGAACAUGAAGGGUUUCGAAUGAUUCUGCAUGGGAUGAAUGCCGAAAGAAUCCUCAUCGGCGCAGAGGCUCUCGGUCUAGGGUUCGCGGCGUUGCGUCGAGCAUCCUUAUAUGCCAAAGACCGACAUGUAUUCGGGCGCCCUAUUGGUCAGAAUCAGGGCAUUCAGCACCCCCUCGCAGACAGCUGGAUGAAACUGGAGGCUGCCCGGAUGAUGAUCUAUCGGGCUGCUCAACUAUAUGACCAGGGAUACACCGGCGGUGAGUAUGCCAACGCUGGAAAGUAUUUGGCUGCAGAGGCGGCGUUUGAGGCUUGCGAGCGAGCCAUUUUAGCCCAUGGAGGGAUGGGUUAUGCUAAAGAAUACCACGUUGAGCGAUAUCUUCGAGAAGUCUUUAUUCCUCGCAUCGCCCCAGUGAGUCGAGAAAUGAUCUUGAACUACAUCGGAGAGCGCAUGCUUGGUCUUCCCAAGUCGUACUGA